AUGCCAUCCUCCUUCACGUGGGGCCUCCUCCUGUCAGCAGGUCUGUGCUGUCAGGUUCCCGGCUCCCCACACGCUUCCAAGCCCCAUCUGCAGGCACCCUCCCCCAGCAUAGCCCCCAAACUGGCCAAGUGUGCCUUCAGCUCGCACCAUGAACUGGCUCAUCACUCCAACAACAACAUCAUCUGCUCCCCCAUGAGCGUCGCAAUAGCCUUUUCGAUGCUCUCCCUGGGGACCAACGGUGACACUCGCACCCAGAUCCUGUAGGGCCUAGAUUUUAACUUCGAGGAGACACCUGAGGCCAAUAUCUACAAAGGCUUACAGCGUCUCGACAGCCAAUGCCAGCUGACCGCCAGAAGUAUACUAUUCAUCGACAAGAAUUGGAAGCAAGUACAUACGUUUUCAGAGGAUGUCAGGAAGCUGGACCCCUCAGAAGCCUUCUCCGUCCACUUCAGAGACAACAAAGAGGCCAAGAAAUGGAUCAACCAAUAUAUAGAAAAGGAAACCCAAGGGAAAACUGUGGAUUUCAUCAAAGAUCUUGGCAAAGACACGGCUCUUGUUCUGGUGAAUUACAUUUUCUUUCAUGGUCCCAGACAGCAUGGUCACGAGCACUUCAGUCGGCAACUCCUUGCCCCGCUGCGGUCCCUGGAGGCGUGCCAGCCACACACGGGCAGCACGCUGUCUGUGGACCAGAGGCAGUACCUGUCACACAGGUUUGUCGACAUUGCUCAGAAUCUGUCCCACACGGAGGUCUUCCUCAUCCCCUUCGGGAACAACCAACCCGUCUUCCGAUACCUUCUCCUGAACAUUCUAGUUCCCUCUCAGGCUAUAGCCCCAUCGCAACCAAAGUUUCAGGAAAAUGGAAAGUCCUCUGUGGCCCAAAGCCCACUGAGCUCAGACCCUUCUCGGCGAGCGAGGGGGGUCACCGUCCUGGUGCCCGUGAUGCAGCGGCUGGGCUGGUUCCAGCUCCGACACACCAGCCACCUGCACAGCUACGUCCUGCGGCUGCCCGCCAGCCGCAACACCACCGCGGUCUUCGUUCUGCCCGACCCGGGCCCGGCCGGGGAGGCCGAAGAGGCUCUCGUGGAAGAGACCUUUGACACGUGGACUCAGCCCCUCCCGCUAAGGUAA